AUGAAGCGGGGCCGGACGGAGGAGGACACAUCACCGUCGGGAAGCCUCUGGCACCCAUUCCGUGCGGAUUUUAACGAUCACUUUGAGACGUCCGUGAUGGCGCUGCAGGAUAUCAUGGUAGUUGUACAACAACUACGUCAACUUGUGCGUCCGUCAGCACCGGAGAACUUUAUUGUGUACGAUCCGUACUAUUGUGCAGGUACAGUGGUACAGCACUGGAAUACACUCGGUGUUCAGCGUGUGAUUCACGAGAACCGUGAUUUUUACAAGGACAUUGAAGAUGAUAAGGUGCCGCAUGAGUACGAUAUGCUGAUAACAAAUCCUCCCUUUAGCGGUGAUCACAUUGAACGUAUGUUCAGCUACCUGGUGGGGGCGAAAAAACCCUUUGCCUUCUUAGUGCCUGAUUACACAGCCACAAAGGAAUGGUACAAGACGGCAGUACGGCGUCACUUCACGGCAGCACCGCCAACAGGAAAGGGCGACAUAAAUGCACCGCGGCGCACCCGACCAACUAUUCCGGCCGCCGUGUUACAACCACCACCAUUUCUCAAAAUGGUGGCCACCGAUGAGGAAGAAGAGAAUGACAAUGAUAAUCAUCAAGGCGAUCAUGAGAAGAAAAAAGAGGAAGGGGGAUCUCAUGGAGAUGGAAGUAGUGGUAAUACCAGCAGCAGUGGCAAGAACAAUAGCAAUAACACGAGUGUUGUGCUUCCAAUAGGUACGGAACCGUUCUAUCUGGUGCCACGUGUCCGGUAUGACUUUAAACAUCCCAAAGGUGUGGGUAACGAGCACUCGCACUUUCGCUCCAUGUGGUUUGUAUGGGCGGGGCGGCACACAAUGGAGGUGCUGCGCGGGGCAAAGGUGGAAUUUCUCCGGCGCCAACACGAGACAACCACAAGGGUGCCGACACCGCAUGUUGUGCACGGCUUGGAUGCUCUGGCAGAGGGUCAUCACUUGCAGUUGAUGCCACGGCCCAAUCCACAGCGUCGGGCAAAGCAGCGACACCCACGCAGUUAA